AUGGAGCUCUUCGGUGCCACUCACCUUUCUACUGGCUCUGCACUUGCCAUAUUCGCAGGCCUGUACAUCGCCUAUUCGAUCCUAUAUGCCUUCGUCGCCUCACUAUCCGCCCAAUCGAAAUACCUCCGCUCACAACCAUGGAUCGGCCUCAAAGCAAAGUGGUUCGCCAAAUACCGCGCCGGCAUGGCCUCCAUCACGGGCACCCGCGACUUCCUUUUCGAAGGCUACGAAAGUUUCUCCAAGAACAACCAGCUCUUCGCCAUUCCUUCUUUCGCCACAAAACCCUGGGUAUUGAUACCUCCCACCAAGAUUCGAGAGCUCUUGGCGAAGCCGGACGAUGAGGUCGAUCUCAGGGGUGUGCUCAAGGAGAUGGUGGCGUCGUAUUGGACGGGGGAUGAGGAUAUCGCUGGCUCUGGGAUUCAUUUGGAUGUCAUUCGUCAGCAGCUCACGAGGAAAUUGGAGCUCUUCACGGAGGAUAUUCAUGUUGAGCUUGAGCAGGGGUUUCAGGAGCAUUGGAAUGCUGGCAAGGAUAAGUGGCUUGCUGUGACUGGGCUGGAUACUUGUAUGAAGAUUGUUAGCAGGGCUGCGAAUCGUGUCUUUUCUGGUGUCGAGCUAUGUCGCAACGAGGAGUACUUGGAACGCACCAGGCUGUAUUCGCAGGGCAUCUUCACCAUUGCCGGCCUUAUCAAUCUCAUGCCUUCAUGGCUACGGCCUCUGCUCGCACCGCCAAUGGUCCAGUUGAACAGGCGCCACCUGGCUGUAUGUAAGAAGACCGCUGUCCCCGAGAUCAAGCGGAGAUUGGAGAGGAUACAAAGCGGUUCUGAGAAAGAGCCAGAGACCGAUGCCUUAACCUGGAUCAUUGAGAACGCGAUCAAUACCGGCGAUCCCGCAGAGAUCAACCCCGACAAGAUAUGUCGCCGACUGGUGCGAUUGAACAUGGUGGCUAUUCACACCACGAGCAUCACAAUCACCAAUGCCCUUCUGGAUCUGUUCGGUUCUGCCCGCGCCCAAGACUUCGUCGAUGGUCUGCGCGAAGAAUGUUAUAGGGUUCUCGCGGAGCACGGCGGGGAAUGGACCAAGGCGGCUGUGAGUGAUCUGGUCCGGGUCGACAGUACGAUUAAGGAGUCGAUGAGGUUCUCCAGCCUGGCCAUGGUGGGCGUCAUGAGGGAGGUCGUCAAAGAAGAUGGCAUCGAUCUCGGCGACGGCAUUCACUUGCCGAAGGGUGUUCGAAUAGGCGCCGCCAAUGUCGCCAUCCACCGCGAUCCCGUCUACUAUCCCAAUCCUGACGACUUGGACGAGAAGAGCCAAGUGCUGGAGAAGAGGAAUCAAGCCAUCGUUACAACGGGCGAGAACUUCAUCGCUUUCGGCCAUGGAAGAGACGCAUGUCCAGGCCGCUUCUUCGCAUCACAAGAGAUGAAGCUCAUGCUAGCUUACAUCGUUAUGAAUUACGAUGUCAAGCUUCCAGGACCUAGACCGCAGAGUAUCGAUAUCAAAAUCAGUAGCGUUCCACCGCCGACGGCGCAGUUCUUGGUUCGACGGAGGCAGUGA